AUGAACAGAUCCACCGCCGUUUCGAGGAGCAGCGGCGCGGACUGCCGCGGUCCCUGUCCCACAAAGAUCGGGCCCUCGAGGGACCCGUCGCGCGCUCCGGCGCGGAGGCAGCGCGGCGCACCGCGGCGCCGCUCGUCCGUGGCGCGCGAGGAAGGGCGGGCGAUCCGCCGCAAUGAUCGCCGUGAAAAAUCUCCGUCGCCCCGUCCGCCGCGUUCGCAGCGUUCGCCUCGCUCGCCUCGUUCGCCUCGACCCGAGGCAUCGCGGAGCCAGUCUCGAGAUCGCCGGACGCGCCGCCACCAGUCUCCCGCUCGCCGUUCGAUCCGUCAGCGAUCUCCUCAUCGUCCCGCCUCUCGUCACCAGUCUCCCGCGGCGCAUUCAUCGCGGCCGUCAAAGCGCCAGCGGCUUCACUCUCCUCGUCGCAGGGGCCGGUCCCCCGGGCGCAGCCGCCAGCGCGUGCAAUCGCCCGUGCGGUUGAAUGCGAGUGGGCACCAUGGGCGCCGUGGAGGCUAUGGCCGUGGCGGAGCGGCGCCGCGGGCCCCGUCCGCGAUGGAGCGCGUUCUCCAGCGGCUGGACGGCGUGGAGGAAGCCAUCCAUCGUACGAAGGCGGAAUCGUCGUCUCGUCCCGCGCGUCCACCUGCCCCUGCUGUUCCUCUUGCUGCCCUCCUGCCGCAUGAUCCCGAGGGGUCUCUUGUGCGUCCUGGGCGUCCGCUGCCUGCUGGGGCUGGUUUCGUGGGUGCUGGUGGCGGGGACCCGUGGUCACCGUUCGUUCCGCCACGUCCUGUGCCUCCGCCUCGGGAUUUGGCGGUGUCUUCGCGCCGAGCUCGUGCAACCGCGAUGCUGCCCCUGAAGAAAGAAGUGCCCACGGCGACCGUGGCGCACUUGUGGGCGCUUGCGGAGAGCCUACAGAGCCUCGAGCAGAUUCUCCUGGAGUCGCACGGCUCCAUGUCGUUGACCCCACCGAGCACGUUCUCUCAGCUUCCGCGAGCAAGGUGUCAUGCGGCGGCGUCAACACUAUUUGCUGGUCCGCUCGAUGUGGCUGACCGCGCGCGAAACGCUAGGAACUUGGCCAGAAAUGCGUUAUCAGACUCCAUCCCAUCAGAGCUCAGUACCUUAACCAAGCUCACCUACCUGGAUCUGAGGCAGAACCAGCUGACGGGGACUUUCCCAGAAAGCCUCUCCGAACUGACAAAGCUCCAAGAGCUGUGGCUUGAAAACAAUCAGCUCACUCAAUCGCUUCCGUCUGCAAUUGGCAACCUUGCCAAUCUUAGGAAUAUCGACCUGUCUCACAACUACUUCACAGGCGGCCUUGUGAAGCCAGCUAACGUGCUGGCUGUGCUUUCAUACAACUACCUCUCGGGCACUCUGCCUGCAAAGCCAACCGACUUGCUGGAUUCAAACUGCUUCAAACUGGCCGCAGGAGAAACAGAGCCGGUGCAACGCACUCAGUCAGCGUGCCGUGCGUUUUGCGGCAUCUCGAUGGGUUCUGCCGCGGGGGGUUGCAGCGGCCAUGGCGUGCUGUGCUACCCCGACGGGCCAAACUUGGUGCCUACCUGCGUGUGUGAAGCAGGGUUCUACACGUUUCGAAGGACGUAUUGCCUUGCCGAAGAAUCGGUGCUUGCUGCUCCACUUGAAAAGGCAAUUCUCCCACCGUCAACGGUGCUGACGGCAGGUUUGAAAGCAGAAGCCAAAGGACUGUUCACUACCGAGCGAGUGCCUCUCUUUGUAUACCAGAAUGGACAGCAGGACCCAGGCUGCGGGUUCGAGCUGGCCUUCAGUGUCAACUUCACCUUCGUCCUCUCGCCCAAAGCCAAUGCCGCUUCCAACGGCUUUGCCUUUGUCGUUUCAGCGAUCAACACAGUGGGGACCAAUGUUGGAGUGGGGUUCGGUGGGAUGGACAACCGAAGCAUGGCGAUCGAGUUUGACGUGCUCCAGAACAAGCCGCACGGAUCCACACGUAGGAAGCCAUACACGGCAUGGGUGGACUAUGUGCCUGGGGACCCCGGCACCAUCCAGGUGUUCCUGGCAACAACAGCAGUGAAACCAGCAAAGCCGCUGCUAGACAGGCGGCUGUCUCUGUGCGCUGUGCUGCAGCCAGGGCCGCCGCAGGGAGAGGGGAUGCCAGAGCAGCCGCGGGCGUUCUACUUUGGCUUCGUGGCGUCCACCACUGUGAAGCCGUUCAUGAUUCAAGCCAUUACAAGCUCUUACCUGCGCACAGAUGCACCUCCUGCGAGGGGUCCAGUCAACAUCACUCCAGCCUACGGUUUAGACGUGUCACUGAACACAUUUGUGCCUGCAAAAGCGAGCCCCUUCCCGCGGUAUGUGAGUGCGGACUACCGAGUGUCGGCCGGGCACAAGGACUCAUGGGUCUUCAGGGACCUCCACUCCUGGGACGCCGUGCCCUUCCUCGGCUGGCCCGUCAAGGACCAGAAAGAUUGCAAUGCAUGCUGGGCAUACGCAGUGGUGUCAAGCAUAGAAGCAGCAUACGGCAUCGCAUUGAAUCAAGAAGCCCCAGUGAUCUCAGUGGACUCACUUUUCACAGCUAUGAAUCUCACCACCCAGGCAGCCAAGUGCACAGCGGGAGGAUCUCCCACUGAAGCCUUUGAGAAGCUAAUGGCGCUGCCUAAGGGGGCUAUCACCAUGGAAGGCAACACGGGUUUUGAGCGCACUGCCUUCAAGGGGUAUGUGGGGCUCAUGCUGGCAGUGCAGCGGCAGCCAGUGGUGGUUCACGUUGAGGCGUUGGCUGCUUCAUUCGCCAAAUAUGAUGGAACAUUCAAGUACCAGGACCCUGCCUGCUAUACCGGCAACCUUAAUCACGUUGUACUCGUUAUUGGCUACCUCGUGUUGAGGAAUGACGGGAGCGAGAACCGCAUUGCGCCUCCGUUUUGGAUCAUCCGCAACUCGUGGGGCGAGGCGUGGGGAGACAGGGGCCACAUGCGCAUUGACAUGCAGGGAGGGGAUGGCGUGUGUGGCAUCAACGUGCUGCCUGGCAUCUACCCCAUUGUCAAGAUUCCAGGGGACCCGUGUGGUUUGAAGAGCUACAAGGGCGAUGGGGACCUGCAGCCCAGCAUGAACCCGUGUGUGGACGUGUGUGGGUCAUACUUCAAAAACCCUUGUGCCGUGGGCACAUGCAUCAACGAUGGCAAGGGCUCCUACUCCUGCAUCUGCCCUCUUAACUACGUCAACAGCACAACCAUAGACAGCUUCCCCACCUGCGACCCAGCCAACACCACCGCCGCCAACUUGGUUGUGACAGGAGACAACUGGUUGUGCUCUGACAUUUACCCUCUCGUGGGCCUCACUCUAUCGCAGCACACGGUGAUUGGCUUGCCAGAAGGGUGCGAGGUGCUGGGAAAGUCUGUCGUGUGCACCAAGGCCUUGCCAAAAGGCAGAAGGCUUCGGAUCGUUGAUACUCCUGCUAUCCCCUGCACUGCCUACUUUUACGCUCUCAGUGGCGACACGUGUCUUUCCAUCGCCAAAUCGCUUCGCACCACUGUGAACGAUCUCAUGAAUCUCAACCCCGGCCUUGACUGCACGCAAACCAUCAAGGCCGGCCGCUCCAUCUGUGUGGAGCGCAACGAGACAUACGCUUACACCGUGCCUGAGUGUGUGAAAUACACCAUUCUCACAGCAGACGACACGUGCGAGAAAAUGCUGCAGGGGCAGGGAUUGCAGAACGAUCCGUCUAUCUGGGCUGAGCUCUACCGCAACAAUCCCGGUCUUCUUUGCUCCAACGUCGUCCCUGCCUCUGCCUCGGCCGUUGGCAGCAAUGCUGGCGUGCAGGUGUGCCUGAAAGCGGAAUAUUGGCCGUUUGAACUUGGUAAAUGCACUAAGGGCCGGCCCAAGAAUGUGUCGCCAUCGCUGUCCUGCUCCGCUGCUUACAGCUACUAUGGCGGCACUAUGACCCAAGCAGCUGCAGAUUUCAAUACCUACAACGGCAAUGCCUGUGCCAAGAAUGUUGGAUCAAAGUUUAUUUGUGUCCCACGAUAG